CCCAUCAUUACGGAUCCGCAAAAGCUGUACUUAACGAUGGACGUGCGCUAACCUCAGACAAGGAGUUUGUUUUUGCGCAGCUUAUUUACUUUUGUAGCGUUAACAAACCAGGGAGGGAGUCCACCUCCUAAGUAUUAUAACGUAAAAUUAAUUAAUAAUUAAAAGAGACACACAGAAAUGGCAGCGUUGAGCAAUCCUAACAUGAAGACUUUAGAGGAUUUGACUCUGGACUCUGGAUACGGAGCCGGGGACUCUUACAGGUCCCUCAGCCUGUGCUCCUCCAAGUCCAACUCGCAGGCGCGCAUCAGCUCUCCACCGCGGGGCAACUGGUGGAGCUACGCGGGCUCUAUGAACAGCAGAAACAACAGCUGGGACACAGUGAACACAGUGCUUCAAGACCCUGAGGACAUCUUCUCCAAGUGUCCGAGGUUACCAGAAUUAGAGGAGUUCCCUUGGACAGAUGAGGAGAUCGAUGUGGUCCUGCGUAAAGUUGCUGGAUCUUUUACUCCAGACAGUGUCAGGCGUUUGUCAGUGCUGAUGCGCAGAGCUUUAUUGAGGAUCUCCAGAGAGGCGCAACGGUUGAGUGUCCUGCACUGCAGGUGCACACGUUUCGAGGUGCAGAGCGCGAUGAGAUUGGUCAUGAGCUGGGCACUGGCGGAAAGUUGCGUGUCGGCCACGAUUAAAGCCAUCUCGCUGUACAGCAUGAGCGCUGGAGAGGUCCUGCGGAAGAGCAAGUCCUCCCGCUGCAGACUGAGCCUGUCUGUGGGGCGCUUUUUCCGCUGGAUUGUGGACACUCGGAUCUCGGUGCGCAUCCAUGAGUACGCAGCGAUCUGUUUGACCGCCUGCAUUGAAAAUCUAGUGGAGGAAAUCGGGCUCCGUGUGCUGGCGGCGCAGAGCGGGACCCCCACAUCUCCAUUGGGAGCUGAUGCGUUGGGGGCUGUCGUUAACAACGAUGCGGAAAUAUUUGGUCUUGUGCAGAACUAUGAACAUCUCAUCUGCGGGAAAAACGCCAAUGGUGAGCUGUCCUUGCUGGCCUAUUUUAGCACGUAUGCUGAUGGUCCAGACUCAUUGGUGGAGAGCAGAGAGAAUGCAUAUGCCCAGCUGGAGCUCAGGACACUGGAGCAGGCCCUGCUGGCUACCUGUGUGGGCAGCCUCUCCGAACUCAGUGACUUGGUCUCCCGUGCAAUGCACCAUAUGCAGCGUUUGGUUUCAGAAGGUCCCAGUCUCAGUCCUGGCCAUAUUUUCUGCCUGCAGCCCAUCUCCUGGUCUCCAGAUGCCCUUCACACUCUCUAUUACUACCUACGUAGUCCACAGAUGGAGUCCCUGGAGAACCCCAACCUUGAGCCACCUAAGACAGCCCUCAGUAAAGAGAGGCCAUUUCCUCUUCUUCCUCCUCUAAUGGAGUGGAUGCGUGUUGCCAUGGUGCAUGCAAAGCAUCGUCGGAGUCUGUUAGUGGACAGUGACGAUGUGAGAGAGACUGCUCGACAGCUUCUCCCUGGACUGGACUGUGAACCCAGACAGCUCAAGCCAGAGUGCUGUUUCACCUCCUUUAAACGUCUGGAUUCAAAGGCUGCCGCAGACAAGUUUAAUCUGGAUCUUGGCUUUCGCAUGCUCAACUGUGGACGCACAGAUCUGAUUGGCCAGGCUAUUCAGCUUCUGGGCCCAGAUGGGGUGAACAGUAUGGAUGACCAGGGCAUGACUCCUCUGAUGUACGCUUGCUCGGCAGGGAAUGAGGCUCUGGUGCACAUGCUCAUCAAUGCCGGAGCAAACUUGGAUGUGGCGGUGCCUAACUGUUCACCAAAACAUCCCUCUGUCCAUCCUGAGAGUCGCAAUUGGGUUGCUCUAACAUUUGCAGUGCUGCAUGGUCAUAUUUCUGUAGUACAGCUCCUGUUAGAUGUGGGAGCAGAUGUGGAGGGUUCAGCCCUAAAGAACAGCCACCACAGCUCAGUAGAAACACCCCUCCAGCUGGCAUCAGCCGCAGGGAACUAUGAGAUGGUGAGUGUGCUGUUGUCCCGUGGCGCUGACCCCAUGCUGAGGGCGCAUCUGACAUCAUCAAUCUAUGAGGGCAUGAACUGCUUUAGUCACGCUGCUGCACAUGGACACAGGAAUGUGUUGAGGAAGUUAUUGAGUCAGCCACAGCAGCUGCAGGAGGAUGUGCUUUCUCUUGAAGAGAUCCUGGCGGAGGGAGUGGAGGAGCAGGAGGAUCAAAAAGAGGAAGGCAUGAUAGACAGAAAGUAUGUUCCCGCUCCCAGUGAUGGAGGCGCUCCACAGCUGUGUAAGGCCCGCAUUAGAGCUCUGCAAGAAGCCAGCCUGCACAGUGCAGAGCACGGAUACCUGGAUGUCACCAUGGAGCUCAGGGCACUGGGAGUGCCAUGGAAGCUGCAUGUAUGGCUGGAGUCUGUGCGCAGUGCCCAGCUCCAGUCUCGGGCUGAGCUUACUCUUUCUCUCCUCAAAGACUUCAACACCAUUGGGCAAGAAAAAUACUGUGAGGAGCUGCUCUCAGAUGGUCUUCCACUCCUGUUCUCCAUUCUUAAAAACAGCCAGAGUAAGGAAAUCCGUAAGCAGCUGGCAGCCAUUUUUAGCCACUGUGUUUGCUCCACAGCUGCCCCGUCUAUUCCAGCAGUAAAGGACACACCUACAGUUCAGCUGGAUGCUCAUUUUCUGAAUAACACAGAGAUGUCUGAUGUAACAUUUGUGGUGGAGGGAAGGCCGUUUAAUGCCCACAGAGUCCUCCUCAUGUCUGCUUCACAGAGGUUCAGAGACUUGCUGAGCCUCUACAGAGGUAAUGGCACAUCAGAUCACAUGGCCAUUGAAAUAGCUGACUUAAAGUACAGCAAUUUCCAGAUGAUGAUGGCUCAUCUGUACUGUGGAGGAACAGAAUGUCUAGAAGUGUCUGUCCAUGAUUUGUUAGAGCUUCUGCCUGUGGCCCACUCAUUCCAACUUCCUGUUUUAAAGAGACACUGUGAAAUCCUCUGCUCAGAGAAAAUAAACCUCAACAAUGCUGUGAACAUCUACCAAACUGCCAAGCAGGUUAGUGAAGCGUUGGAGUUGGCAGUAUUCUGUGAAGGCUUCUUCCUGCAGAACAUGGUUGAUCUUCUGGACUAUGAGCAGUUUGAGGAGCUUGUGUUAGGUUCUGACUGCAGCACUGGGCUGGAUCCAGAUGCCCUGGAUGGGCUGCAGGCUACACUGGCCUCAAGGUUGCACUCACUUUGUGGCCGGUGUAGAGUUUGAAAGCACUGGGAAAACCAUGAGAACUUACAGAUAUGGCUUUUAUGCUGUUAUUAGGAAAACACUGGCAACGCUCAGAUGUGCAGGGGUGUGAAGUCCCAUACCAACACAGUUUUUACAUCUUCUUAGUCCUCUAGAUGGCAUCCUAUCCUUUUUUAUGUUAUUUCAAAGCUAUACAGUGCAGUAUGUUUUUAAAGGGGUGUGUAUUUAUGAUAAAUUUAAAGCAUAAAGGGCGCAUUCAUUUGUGACAUUGUUUGCAUGUGGUUCCUAGAAGGCUACCGCCCUCUAGUGGUCAAUGCGGUCCUAAACAUGCAUCCAAAUUGAUUUCGAGAUGUGUAUACAUAGUAGUAUUGUAGAUACUUUUGUAUACUUACUUUAAAGUGUAAAUAUAUUUAUAAUAUGCAAUGGUACUGGGGUACAUUUGGGAUCAUUAAAUAUAAUGUAAAUUAUUUGAUGUUAAAGUUUCCAUGCAAUAUUAGAAUGACACCAGUAAUCUUGAAAUGACCAAUAAAAGUGAACUAGGACAUUUACAUUACGUGAUUUCCUUUCUUGUAUAUGUUGCAACCGGAGUAGGCUAGAUUUACUGUUUGGGUUGGCCUCCAAAAAAAAAAAAAAAAAAAAAAAAAAAAAAAAAAAAAGGGCUACCUAUGGGUAAGGGCCCAAAAUGGGCAGGCCAAGUCUAUAAGCAAAUUUAAAAUCAGCUCAUUAAAUGGUAUUUACACUGCAAAGGUACAUCUGAAGCAGCAAACAUACCAUGAAAAGGAGCAUGGUUUAUGCAGACUUUUUAAUGUGGCUUACAUUUAUUUAAACAUGUAUCACACUCACGAUUGACAUAUGUAAAUUUUUUGCCACACUGAUGCUGUAAUCCAUUUACACAGCAUUUGAAAUAUUUGUGAAUGAAACUGUUUACUUCC